AUGACCGAAAUUGACUCCCCAUCGGGCGCGGCCGCCCAGGCUCCUUCCACUCUCAACGACAUAGAAAAACAAGCAAGCCAGUCAGAAGCACCGCAGAAAAAAAAUUCUACCUUCAAAAAUCUCGGCCUUUUGGACCAAUUUCUCGCGGUAUGGAUUUUCCUGGCCAUGGCAAUUGGUAUUAUUUUGGGAAAUUUUGUGCCAAGCACUGGACCUGCGCUACAACGGGGGAAGUUUGUUGCUGUUGGCCUGCUUGUUAUGAUGUAUCCUAUUCUCUGCAAAGUGCGCUUUGAGAGCUUACAUCAUGUUUUCAAAACCCGUCAGAUAUGGAUUCAGAUUGCGUUCAGUAUUGUUGUUAAUUGGAUCAUUGCCCCAUUCUUCAUGCUGGCGUUAUCCUGGGCUUUCCUUCCAGACGAACCCGAGCUACGCCAGGGGCUGAUUCUGGUCGGACUGGCACGAUGCAUUGCUAUGGUUCUAAUCUGGACCGGACUGGCAGGCGGCGACAACGAAUACUGCGCCAUCCUCGUCGCCGUGAAUUCCCUCCUGCAAAUGGUCUUAUUCGCACCCAUGGGCGUCUUCUUCAUCCAAGUCAUCAGCGGCGAUAUCAUAGCCUUUCAAUACUCCACCGCCGCGAAAAGCGUCGCCGUCUUUCUCGGCAUUCCCUUGGGCGCAGCAAUCCUCACGCGCUUCACUCUCCGCUGGGCUACAAGUCCGCGAUGGUAUGAUGAGGUCUUUCUGAAAUGGGCAAGCCCCUGGUCUCUCAUUGGGCUUUUGUUCACGAUAUUGGUGUUGUUUGCGUCUCAGGGUCGUCACGUUGUUCACCAGAUUGUCUCUGUGGUCCGGGUGGCCGCGCCGCUAAUUGUUUAUUUCGCGGUUAUAUUCUUCUUGACGUUGUUGGUUACGUACAGGUUGGGCUUCGGGUAUAAGCUCGCGGCGACACAGAGUUUUACCGCUGCUAGUAAUAAUUUCGAGUUGGCGAUUGCCGUUGCUGUUGCUACAUUUGGAGCAGACAGUAAUCAGGCGCUUGCUUCGACUGUUGGGCCACUGAUUGAGGUGCCGGUUUUGUUGGGGCUUGUCUAUGCUGUUAAAUUGAUAGCGAAGAGACUGGACUGGAAGGAUUAG